CUGCCAUACGAAGCGAACAUCAUGUCCGUGCAAAGACCUAAGUGGGUAUGGAAUUUUGACUCAUCAAAUAAUGGUAAAGCAUGUACUAUUGGUAAUGAAAGUUUUCAAGGUUUGAGAUUUACGAAACCUAUGAAAUAUCACAUAAUUAGAGCGCAUAAAGAAGAGUAUAAAAAUACUGCGAAAAAACACAACUGGGUACGGCACUUUUAUAAAACUGAUGAUAAAAGUGACAAUGAGUUAAGCUGCAAACUUUGUAAUAAACGUUAUACAAUACCAACAAUUAACACUACCAAAAUAAUGAAACGUUUAACCGAUCAACAUGAAGACGAUAAAAAAGAAGUGAAAGGUUCUGAAGAUCUUUGGAAUUUUAUUAUAAAAGCUUUAUGUGCAUUUCAAAGAUUUAACGGAAAAAAAAGACAAUGCAAACUUUGUGGAUACAUUUUUCCAAAAAAAAGCAAUUCUUUCAUAUUUAUCGAACAUUUAGAAAAAUAUCAUUAUAAUGAUUAUGAAACUAUAUUAAGGCAACAGAAAUGUCGGUUAUCAAAUGGUUUAAUUUCAAAAUUCGAAUUCGACAGUAUUGAUAUGGAUUUCAAAAGAGAUGUUGAGGACAAUGCUACAUCAGGUCCGUCACCAGCAAUAUAAUACAAAUUUUGACAAUAAUUUGAUUUUUACUAAUCAAAAUAUCAAUGUUCUUAUAAAUAUAUAACUAGCAAACUUUGUACUAACCCAACGUCUCUAAACAUUGAAAGUAUUUAUAUUCUUUGUAUUUAUCGUGUAUUUUGUCUACGUAAUUUAUAUGUAUAGUACACAUAUCUGUUCAGUUUAGUAUACGUACAUACAUAUAUCAUAUAUUUUAUAAGAAUAAGCUUCUAAAUAAACAUACGAUGCAUUAGCAGUAAUAAAAGUAAUAUGGUAAUGACAUGCAUCAAUAAAAUAACGAUCUUCGAUAAAUGUAGUGAUAUGUUUAUUCAAUUUAUAAUAAAUUCCUGAUCAACCUCA